AUGAAAGAUUGGAAGCAACGCAAUGUUGAGACGCGUAAUGCUUUGAAGAUAUUCCAGCAGCUGACUCCUCUCCCCGGCAACCUUCUCUCAAGUGGCUCACUCCUUGCGUCGCCGUCUCCCUCCGCUAUUGAAGCAGCAAGGUUCGCAUCUGGUAGGCCCUUGGAUUCAUUCAAGGAGUGCCGAAGGCUUAUGUGCUUCGGGACUGGGGAGUCAGAGAGGAUGGGGUCCUGCAGCGGUGUUGUAGAGGGAACGUGCCAGUGGAAUGUGAGGAGCAGGGAUGAUUGGGUUCAACGCAGCGAUGUAGGUUUAGAUGAGCAGGAAGCAUUAUAUGACAUGGGAAUUGAAGCGGAGGAAUAUUUUGGUGACUAUGAAAGUAAGGAUGACGGGCGUAACGAUGGGUUCGAUUCAGAUGAAGGAGUGCAGCCAGAUGAUGUCCUUCGAAUGGAAUUUAACACUCCAGAUGAAGCUAGAUCCUUUUAUAAUAACUAUAGCCGAUUAAAGGGGUUUUCUACGAGGCAAGGGAGGAAGGUAAUAAAUAGUGCAGGGGAUAUUGUGCGAUACACAUUUGUGUGCAAUAGGCAAGGGUAUCGGGAGAAGAAAUGGUUAGAGAUGGCUAAUCGAAAACGGGAGCACAAGAUUGUGACUCGUUGUGGUUGCCUUGCCGAGAUGAGGAUAAAGAGAAAAGAUGGGAGUGGAAAAUGGUACGUGUCUCGGUUUGUGGAUGAGCAUAAUCAUGAACUCGCAUCUGGCAAGUUCGUCGAUUACUUGAGGUCACACAGGCGGAUAUCUGAAGUAGAGAUUGCACAAAUGACUACCUUGAGGGAGGUUGGUAUCAGCAUUCCUAAAAUAUAUGAAUCGUUCGCGGCACAAGCUGGGGGUUUUAACCUUCUGACAUUCACGAAGCAAGACAUGUAUAAUGAGGUGAGGCGACAAAGAGGAAUACAAAAUGGAGAUGUAAGCGCUACAAUUCGAUACUUAGAAGGUGUUUCCCGUGUAGACAACAGAAUGUUUUGGAGGUACAAAAUGGGGUCUGAAAACAAUCUUUGUGACCUAUUUUGGAGUGACGGGCACAGUCAGUUCGACUAUGCAAUAUUCGGAGAUGUUCUAGCCUUCGAUGCUACUUACGGCCGAAACAAGUACAAUUUGCCUGUUGUUGUGUUCUCAGGAGUUAACCACCACAACCAAACAUGUGUCUUCGGAUGUGCAAUGGUCUCGUGUGAAACGCAAGAGUCCUACAUCUGGGUUCUGCAGCAGUUUUUGAAAUGCAUGGAAGGAAAGGCCCCUAAGGCAGUCAUCACAGAUGGAGAUACCUCGAUGCGAAAUGCUAUACGUCAUGUAUUUCCCGAAACCCAUCACAGGCUAUGUGCUUGGCAUUUGCUUCGUAAUGCGACCUCCAAUAUAUGUGACUCACGAUUCACGCAGUUAUUUAGACACUGCAUGCUGGCGGACAUGGAGGUUGACGAGUUCGAGGCGCAAUGGGAGGCGAUGCUGGAUGAAUGUGGGGUUCGUGAAGUCGAAUGGGUGAAGGAUUUGUACCGCAAAAAAACUGCAUGGGCGACAGCAUACAUCAGAGGACGAUUUUUCGCUGGCAUACGGACAACCUCCCGUUGUGAAUCUCUACAUGCCAAGUUGGGCAGGUUUGUGGAGAGUAGAUACGGGGUCCUUGAAUUUGUCACGAACUUCCAAAGAUGCAUUGAUUUCUUGCGAGACAAUGAGGACGAGCUUGAAUUUCGUUCAUGGUAUGGAACUCCAGUCUUGCAAACUGAGUUUGUUGAGCUUGAGAAGAAUGGGUGGACAAAGUACACACGAGAGAUGUUUUGGAGAUUUCGUGAAGCUCUUAAAAGGUGCGUUCGGAUUCACAUAUGUGGAUGCAAUGAAAAUGCCGAGGGUGAAGUAUAUGUUGUUCAAAAAUAUCGCAGGCCGGAAAAGAAGUGGGAGGUUUGGAGGCAAAAUGUGGGUAACAAAUUCAGCUGCACCUGCCUGAGAAUGGAAUCAUUCGGACUUCCCUGUGUCCACAUACUAGCUGUGUUGGUGCGCUUGGAUUAUACUGUCAUUCCCAGGACGCUUGUGCUCCGCAGAUGGUCGAAGACAGCAAAGUUUCACUAUGGCUUAAAUUGCACUGGAAAUGAAACACAGGAGCAAACAUCAACGUAUAGGUCCCGGCUGGGAGCUUUUGCUCAGCUAUGCACACGACUAGGCCGGGUUGCAUGCAUGAGCGAUGAAGACUUCAAGUACUACUCACAUAAGGUACUAUCUGACACAAUCUGCCUGGAAAUUAAGAAUGGCCUUAGGCCCCCGGAAGACGUUGGAGUAGCGGCGGAGGAACAACGAGUGAAGGACCCCAUCAGCGUGAGAACAAAGGGUACCGGUCGACUCAGCCAGGCAUCCGCAUCGACCGGGAAAAAACGGCGCAAGUGCAGCAACUGUGGCCGAGUCGGUCAUCGAAGGACCCGUUGUCCAAAUCGUGCAGGUCAGGAGGGUGGCCAACCGUGUGUGGGCAUGAAUAAGAGAGUUCGAGGCACCCAGGUGGUGCAGGAAGAUGCUCCUUCGAACAACCCGGAGGCUGUGUCCCUUGGCGACCUUUGA